AUGGCUGGGGACAUAGCAGAAGCAAUUAGGUUGUUGGCGCAUCUCCGUGUCACAGAGCUACGUUCUCUAAUGGCUGCCAUGGGCCAGCCCAAGAGUGGUCUGAAGUCCAAUCUGCUGGUGAGGGCUGUGGGGGUUAUACAGACCCAGUGCAAUCCCCACCUGCUCACAGUCGUGCGCCAGCUCUACCUGGAACGCUACUCCGACCAGAUAGUUCCUGGCAGCAGACAGAUGGUACCCCUUCCCUUUUACCAAGCCCUGGGGACAGUCCUACCCCCCACACAACUGGUGGGCUCUUUCUUUUCCGACAUGCAAAACCAGGAGUUCAUCCUCAUGCUGACGCCAAAGCAAGUGGAGCAGAACAGAAACUGCAAGGAGCUGCGACCAGGUGUGCCGAGUCUCCAGGUGGUUCUCAGAUUCUGCUUCACAGAGAGUCUUGGGUACGAGGAGGAUCAAUACCCACCAUGCCUGUCAAUCAAAGUUAAUCAGAAACGCAUACCCUUACCGAGGUACUCUGUGGCUGUGUACCUGGUGAAGGUGCUGUCCCCCUCAGACCUCCUCAGUCAACUGAAGAGCCAAUCAGUGGAGAGUCUGACAUUCUGCAGACAGCGCAUCCAGGAGAAGCUGCGUUUCGACCCAGAAUGUGAGGUGACCACAACAGGACUACAAGUGUCCCUUAUAUGUCCGCUGGGGAAGAUGCGUCUGUCAGUGCCCUGCAGGGGGCGUAAGUGCGCACACCUCCAGUGCUUCGACGGGAAGCUCUACCUGCAGAUGAAUGAGAAGAGGCCCACCUGGACCUGCCCAGUGUGUCACGAGCCAGUUCCGUACAGCCAGCUAACUAUCGAUGGGCUACUGACAGUGAUCCUGGCGUUGGAGGGCUUUCAGGACAAUACAGAGGUAGAAUACCUGGCUGACGGCUCUUGGAGGUUUGUUAUAGAUGGCGUGAGCAGGACAACACAGCCAUCGGCACCGUUGGAGAAGAUGGAGGCCUGUAGUGCUAGUAGUGUGACUGCAACCACCAGAGCCGUGUCAAAGGAAGUCGUCACUGUGGACCUUACGCAGGAGUCAUCCGAGGACGAGGCUGAUGAGGUCACAAAGGCCAUUAUCCCCAUCUGCUUCAAGAUGUCCACUAUCAUCCCAGUGCCCAAGAAGGGGAAAGUAACUGAGCUGAAUGACUACCGACCCUUAGCACUCAUCAUAAAGUGCUUCAAGGGGCUAGUCAAAGAUCGAUAA